GGCGAUCCGGUCGGUGCUUCACGAGCAGUAUGCGAUGGAUCGGGUUCGGGUCGGGUCGGGGAGCUUUGUGUCGGCUGAGCUUCCUUCAAACCAAAGGGUUGCUUGUGUUUCCGAUUGCUGCGAGUUCUGUGUUAGGAAGAAGCGGUUGGUGAAUGAGGGCAUAGGUUUUAGUUGCGGGAAUGGAGCGGACCACUGUUUUGUGAUGGAUGAGGAUAGGAGAAACUUUGGAGAAAGUGCGAGGAUGGGGAGCUUUGUUAAGGAAAGAGAGAUCAAGGAGUACGAAUUUUUCCCGCAUAAUUCGAUUGAAUCCAAUGGUGAGAGAAUGGUCGGUGAUGUUGCUGCUGCUUCUGCUUCCUCAGCUGCUACUGCUUCGAACUUUUUGGAUUUGUCACUUAAACUCUUCUAAUUAGUGAAGAAGUGAUCCUUAGCACUACUAAUAGUUUUUUAACUUUUUUUACCGUGUUAAUAGAAGGAGUAAAGGGGUAAUAUGUAAUGGAUACUUAACAGUGGCCGGAGUUCAAUAUGAAGUGAGUUAAUGUUUCUGGAUUUUGUUAAUUUUGUGGCCUUUGUAACUAAGUACGUAAAGCAAUGACAUAUAGUAA